UUCGAAGUGAUUGAAUGAAAUGAACAUCGGAAGUUGAAAGCAUGGCGGAUGACGAGGCUAAUGGGGAUAUUGGUGGUGAUUCGGAUGAAGUUCAACAAGAGAAGUCACAGAAAAAGAUUGCUAAAUAUGACAGUGGAGCAGCAGAUCUUGAAAAGGUUACGGACUAUGCGGAAGAGAAAGAAAUAUUUACUGCUGAUCUUUCAGGAGCAAUGACAAUCAUUGGUGACAGACGUAAUAAAGAAGUGGCGGAAAAAAUGGCAAAGGAACGAGAACUCUUAAAAGUGUCUAUCAAGAAAGAGGAUGUUGAUUUGAUUAUGCGAGAAAUGGAAAUUUCAAGAAACUUGGCAGAGCGCACAUUACGAGAGCAUCAUGGGAAUAUUGUAGAAGCACUAGUGUCACUCACAGACUGAUUAUCAACUGGAUAUUGUGAUUUUUGACAUAAGUAUAACUGCUGCAUAAUGCUAGUAGUAAGAAAUAGAGAUAUUUGGUGCUUACUACAACCAUUCCGUUGACAAUUCAGAAGCAUUAUCGUUGUAACUAGAGAUGUCUCGUGUGUUUCAUAAGUGAGGACUACAUUGUACAAACUGUGAAAAUAAUACAAACUGAUAUACUUAAUCCUUCUCCAAUCAUCCUUGUCCUCUCUUCUAUUGUAAAUUAUUAUGCUUAAAUUUCAUUAUGAACAGGAAUCAUCCUGAAAUGUAACAUCCCAAUGUGUUGCUU